GUUAAGAAAAUAUCUCUUCUCUUCCUUCAGUUUUUGUGGUUCCUCUGCUCCCUCUCACAACUCCAUGCUCCUUUCUUUCAUGUUUACAAUUGAAAGUUUGCUUAAUUGAGUGUCAGAUAGUGAGAGAUGUGAUUCUGAGAUUAAUCGAGUGAAAGAGGCUUCUGUUCACAGGAAGGGAACACUGAAUGCACAUGAGCCUAGCUGAGUGGCUUUAAACUAAGAGUUGAUGAGCCAUGAAAAAAUUUCCUCCUCUGAAUGCUUGACCCUCCAUUGUUGAAUCACAUUGCAAGAUUUUGAGACUCACAUCUGAUGUCAUAAGUCAGAGGUCAAAUCUCGGGUGGGCUUUUUGAUUAUUUUGAAUGGGGGAAAUCCUGACAACAUUGAGAUAUAGAUCAAUUUCUCACUUUACGUAAACUGUAAGAUGAGCAGUGGUUUGUGAUUAGGCAAACAUGGAAGCUGUUUCCUGUGAAAACUGCAUAAAGACUGACAGCAACCUGUAUAUCUCCCACGUCAUUGAUGGCAGAAAUUUAUUGCUAGUUGUCCUGUUUGCAAAGGUGGUCCUCAACUUGCUCAUCUUGAGUGCAAAACGAAGCAUACUCAAGAGUUUAAUUGGCUAUUUCUGCAUCUCCAUGUCACUGAUGGACCUUGCAUUAUUCAUGAACGUGCUAAUGAUUUUGUGUUUUAAGACCUGUGUGAUUCUGGGAACUCAAGUUGGCAACCAUCAUAUCUGCCUACUGCUACAGAUCUUCUCAAGCAUUUACAGUGUCCUGCAUUUGCCCAUCUUCCUCCUGUCUGGACUUGAUUUUUACCUAAACUUACCUGAUCUCCCCAAACCUGCAAGCACCUUCCGCAAAAUCCUAUACAUUUUUAUCGUUAUGCUGUUGUGGAUUGGAGCCAUUGCCUACGUUUUUGGUAUCCACAGCCUCCACCCACCAUUUAAAGCAAUAUUCUACUGUAACUUGUUCCAAUGUGACAUUCUCAUCAGCCUCCAGAGCCACUUUCUGUCCAUCGUGAUACUCCUGAUUGUGGUUUUUGUGACUAUUUAUUGUUGGUCUGGUUUGAGCUCCCUUGUCAGAUCUCUGAAAGUGAUAUCCUAUUUGGAAGAAAUUGUAGUGUCAUGUUCACAGUCCAAUGCAUGGCUUCAGUCCCAUUCAGUCAAGGAACAACUCCUGACCAACAUUACCAUGUGCUUUCUCUUGACCUGGAGCCCAUUCAUUCUGCUUCAGCUGACCGUUGUUUUGGUCUGGGCUCCGCUGCCUGCUUACAUAGAUUUGAAUGUUCCUUGGCUUUGUUUCAUUAAUAGCUUCCUCAUUGGAACCGUCUACUGGCUGAAGUGUGGUGACAUCUCUCAGGAUGCCAUUUCUUUGUUUCCUGACGGUUUCUGCCAUUGGAGGUUUUGCCAUCUUCAGCAAGAUUACACUACAUAUAAUGAGGGAUGGAUCCCAGAAAAAGAGGACAAUGAUUCAAAGACUCUAAUUGCCUAAGUGAACUUGAGUUCUUCCUGAAAAUGUCACACCGUACUUAUCAAUCUAGAUAUUGAUUAGGCUUGUUUCCUAGUCUUUGGCAAGAACAUUAUUUGUCAAUAAUUUUGGUGAUUUGUGUAAGAGCAGAAUGAUUAAAUGGGAUCUUUAAAAACUUGCUAUAUUUUAAAACUUAUGAGCAAUGAUCUAACCACCUGUGCCCCUCCAGCCUUAUUUCAGGAUAAAUUUUGGCUUCAUAUUCACACUUUCGACAGGGAAAAAGGUCAUAAUUUUUAAAGUUUAUUAACUUUCAAAAACCAUUAGGAUUAUUUUCUUGGGGGCAUUUGGCUACCAGACUGAUCUCAAUUCUCUAUUCGUGGCAAUACUUAACUUUGUUUACAACUGAAGAAAUUACAAGAACAUGUAACUAUUAAACACGCAGCACAGGCAAAUAAGUCAAGCAAUUCUAUGAAUGGUGUUUAA